GCCAUGCGGGAGUCAGUAUAAGCGCUCGGGUUGUAGGUGAAAGGACCUCAAUAACGAGUUCCAGCCCGAUCCGGGUUGCUAAUUAUGCCAGGCGGCGAGGGGUCCAACUCCUCGAUAAAUUCAUUAACAAACGUUAAUAACAAUGAAUCGCGUUUGCCUACGGCCAGUGAGUCUGUUAUCAAUAAUGACAGCUUGUGCGCGGAUGAUUGUGGUGAUAACGCGAUGACACUCGGUGAUGGGGUCAGGAGGCGAAAGGUCAUAAGGGCUGCCAAAGAAACACUCGAUAAGGCUUCGAGGCUGCUGAGGCGAAAGAUACCAUGCACUGGUCAUUUGAUGACUCCCCGCCGCCUAUGGAUCCAAAAGGUUCCAACUCAAGAAUGCGAUGUAGUAAUGUUGUUUCCAAAUGGCGCUAAUGACGAAAUACUAAUGUGGUUAUUAGGAAGAUUACGUGCUGGAAAUCCAGGACUUGUAGUCCACGUUCGACAUCACACGUCAUCUGAUAGCUACGGAUUUUAUUUAACUGCACCCUUCCCUGUAUUAUUGAAGGCUGCAGAAGAAGUUCAUUUACCAAAAGCCCUAAGACAGGAGUACGGCGGAGGAUUGAAAGAAUUUAUACACACUGAGAUAAAUUGUUUUGAAGGAAGUGACGACCAGACGCUUUUUUUUACCACACAAGAGAGACAAUCUCUGGUGCUACAUCUUCUUCAUACACUACGAGCGACCCAUCAAGAUUUAUCAAGUCUUCCGGGCGUUAAAUUAGUCGAAGGUCAAGCUAUCAUACCCAAGUGUAUUUCUUCGGGCAUUAUUUCCCAGGUGUUUCCAUUACACGAACUUCCGGCUCUAGAAAAAUUACAAAAGAGCUGGGUGAGGGCGUUUUUAAGUCCGCAGCCGCUGGACGAAAUUUGUAAUUAUUUUGGCGUUAAAAUAACCAUGUACUUUGCGUGGCUGGGGCACUACACUACUGCGCUUGUGGUUCCUGCUGCAGUGGGUGUCAUAUAUUGGGUCGGCAUCAUUGGCAGGAAUCAAGCAGUAGAAGAUGUGGCCUAUGUUCUUUUCUCGAUUUUCAAUGUUAUCUGGGCGACUGCGUACUUGGAAACUUGGAAACGUAAAGGCGCAGAGCUGGCCUACAAAUGGGGUACAUUAGAUCAACGGGACGAUUUACUUGUAGAACCACGGCCUUUGUUUGUCGGAACGCUGCAAGUAUCGCCCGUUACCGGAAGACUCGAACCCACGUACCCUAAUUGGAAGCGAAAUGCCAUCCGCUACUGUAUCACCGUUCCCGUUAUCGCGGUCUCAUUAUUUUUCGUUUUCAUCGUAAUGAUACUGAGUUUCCAGAUCCAGGACUGGUGGGACGCUAAAUUGGAAGCUGCUGGCUACGGUUUCUGGUUGAGUUACGUCCCAAAAGUACUAUUAGCGAUAGUGAUAGCAGUUAUGGACGAAGCGUACUUCAAAAUAGCCGUUUGGUUGAACGAUUUGGAAAACUAUCGACUUGACACCGAGUACGAGAACCAUCUGAUCUACAAAGUGGCCCUGUUUCAGUUUGUCAACUCAUUUCUCUCGCUAUUUUACAUCGCGUUUUAUCUCCAAGAUCAAGAAAGACUAAAGGAACAAUUGGCGGCACUACUGAUAGCCCGGCAAGUGAUAAGUAAUUUAAAGGAAUCAGCUGUCCCAUACCUAAUCGAGCAAUUGCGAUUAGCGCGACUCAGUUUCGAGAUGUUCGGAGCCUUGAGUCCCAGCGAAGCGCGAUCGCCACCGGAAGACACGUGUCCGCCGUCGAAACCCGCCGAGGAGGCGACAGAGGAUCACAAGCCCGACAAUAAGGAGGACAAAGCAAAGCAGCAGCAGCUUCGGACCAUCAGCCAAGCGGAAUUGGAGAGUUCACUGUACCGAGUAGGACACUCUGCUAAUUCUCUACUUAGUGACAUUACUUUUAAGAUUCAGGCGAUCAAAAAGUACGACGGCGCAUUUUCCGAGCACUUGGAAAUGCUAUCGCAGUUGGGAUACGUGUGUUUAUUUUCAUCGGCGUUUCCUUUGGCGGCGAUGGCAGCAUUACUGGGUAAUUUAUUGGAAUUACGCGGUGACGCUUUUAAACUUUGUUUUGUGUUGCAACGUCCGUUUGGUCGGCGGGUAUCGAGUAUUGGUACUUGGCAAAACGCAAUGGAAGCAAUGGGUUUAGUAGCAAUUUUGGUGAAUUGUGCCCUAAUUGGUCUGAGUGGUCAGGUGCAGCGCAUGUUUCCCGAGAUGUCAGCGACGCAAACAAUCCUCCUUAUUGUCGCCCUCGAGCACAUUAUGUUAGCAAUUAGAUUUAUAAUAACCUGCGCGAUACCCGACAUCCCAAGCUGGGUCGCUACGGAAAUGGCCAAGGUUGAAUUUCUGAGACGCGAGGCUGUCCGAAGGCUGUCAUCGACACCUUCCCCCGACCAACAGGCACAGACGGUUAUAGGGAGGUUCGUGGUGAGUCCAGCAGACGGUGAAAGUGAUGCCGAAGCGACCCUCAUCAGCCAGGCCGGGUCCCAUUCGGAGAAAAAUGGAGCGAGUCAGGAAGGGACACCUGCGGACACGGGAACGUCUUCGGCGAUCCACACCCCUAGCAGUCCACCGACGCCGGGAGUAUCCGCGAUGCCUAAAAUAGCAGCGACGCCUCCAGCUCUAGAGACACCUGGUAGUGUCGGCAGCACCAGCGACUCCGGAAGUAUCUUCUCAGCGAGCUUCAAUGCCAGCACUACUCGCGAGUCUCAUAACACUCCUAGAUGUUCAAUUCCCGGUGGAGAGCGGGGUCGGCGUUCUCGAGACUGGCUGACGAGUGAUCGCGACUCAUCAUCACCUGGUACUGAUCAGUACAGCCAUCACCUGACAAUCGGUCCCCAUGGCGGAGUGGACUGGGUGAGAAAACUUGGACUCGAUGGAUCUUCUGGACGUAAGUCCAGUGACUCGGAGAUUACUGGGGCUCCGGAAACUAACGUCGAGGAUUUGACCCUCCAUCGAUCCACUGACUGCAUUGUGUCUAAAGAAUUGGCCUCGUCAUCAGACAGCGAUCUUUUGAGGUCAGCGCCGCCAUGGAUGCAAACCCAUCGCAAUCAAAAAUUCCGGUUCUCGCCCGAGAAAGAAAAAGCCCGAGAACGUGAUCGACAUCAUUCGGGAUCUCAAUCCGUACAAUCGUCACAUCAUUUACAGUUACGUGAUACGGAUUCACGUGAUCGUAGGUCUUCAGGUCAUGAAUCAAGCGGUGGCUUAUCCAGUGGAGGGGCAGGAAAUGACAGAGGAGCUCACGGUAUUGGCGCGACAGGUCUGUCUGAUUCGACACGUACUAUUUCUAGUCAGGAGGAAGAAAAACCAUCGAAGGAAGACCGCGAAGCUAAAAAGACACGUGUUAAGCAGAGUCUGAUGAAACGCGCACGUUCGGUGGCAAUAUUUUCCCUUAAAUUAAAAGAACGACGGGCCAGAGAGGCUGAGGUUAAGGCCAAAGAGGCUGAGAGAGAAGCAAGAUGGCAACAGCCACAAUCUUGCGUCGGGGGUGAAUUGUCUUGUAUACCCAUUGAGAAACUCAUAUCCGUUGAUGAUAUUGCCGCGAUGGAAGGUCGUAGGAUGAACCAUUAGUUUAUUUUUACGAUUGAUUUUAUUUUAUGGUUUUGAUAAAAGGUGUUAGUUUAGGAAUAGCAAUAAGGAAUUUUUUGAAGUUUUUUUCAAGUGAUCCAAGGAAUUUUAUGAAAUUUUUUAUUACUUACUAAGAAAUUUCUUUAAAAAUCAUUUAUUUUUUUACUUUUCAAAAAAAAUUAUUUUUAUACGAUCUAAUAAUCACUUUAAAAAAAUCUAGUGUCUAAACUACUGGUUUUACGUGAAAAUUGAUUGAUACAUUUUCUGUAGAGAAUUUAAUUUCCUACAAAAUCGUACUCUUAUACUUUUUUCAUAUUUUCUAUAUUUCAGCCGGAAUUUUAAUUUAAAGUAAACCUCUAAAAAAUCAGCGGAACAAAAAUUUGAAUUUUCGACUCAAAAUUAAAAUUCUACAUAAACUAUUGAAUUUACAUAAAAAUUGAUCGAGACUUUUUUGUAGGAAAUUAAAUUCUCUACAAAUUUGUACUCUUAUACUUUUCUCAUAUCUUCUAUAUUUCAGCCGGAAUUUUAAUUUAAAGUAAACCUUUAAAAAAUCAGCGGAACAAAAAUUUGAAUUUCCGACUCAAAAUUAAAAUUCUACAUAAACUAUUGAAUUCACAUAAAAAUUGAUGGGAACUUAUUUGCAGGAAAUUAAAUUCUCUACAAAUUUGUACUCUUAUACUUUUCUCAUAUUUUCUAUAUUUCAGCCGGAUUUUUAAUUUAAAGUAAACCUCUAAAAAAUCAGCGGAACAAAAAUUUAAAUUUCCGACUCAAAAUAAAAAUUCUACAUAAACUAUUGAAUUUACAUAAAAAUUGAUGGGGACUUUUUUGUAGGAAAUUAAAUUCUCUACAAAUUUGUACUCUUAAAUUUUUUUCAUAUCUUCGAUACUUUGGCUGUAAUCAACGAUUUCCCUAAUUUCCACAACAAACUUGCCUAAUAAAUUAAUUAAAAUUAAAAUUUCCUUGUCCAUCAAUUGAAAAAAAUUCAAACUAUUCCGGAAAUCUAUGCAACAAUCUCCCAACUAACUGGUAUAAAUUAAUUUAAAUUAAUUUGCUAAGUAGAUUAUAAAGAGAAACCUAGUAUAGAUAUCAGAUUGGACGGAACGACGCACAAUGAAUCGAGACAUCGAGUACGGUAACUUAAUAAAUAAAUUAAAAAACAUGCCUUUGCACUACGAAAAAAAAAAAAAAAUAAUAAAUAAUAA